AAUACAGAAUGCAAUAUCUAACUGAUAAACAAUAACUAAUACAUGAUUUAGGAUGCUUCCUGGAACCUUCGAGUAUCUUCUGUCUAUUAUUGAGCCAAUACUACUAAGAGAGAAAACAGAGGGAGCACCUAUGAUUUCUCCACGCAAACAGUGUUUGUUGGCGUUGUGGCGAUUAGCUACUCCAGAUUCUUUAAGGUCGAUUUCCGAUCGAUUUAAUGUCGGUAGAAGUACUGCAUUAUAUAUAACAAGACGUGUUAUAAAUGCACUUAUUGAGCUGGCACCUACUGUAAUUAAAUGGCCUACAAAUGAACGAGUUGGUCAAGUGUGGGCAGGAUUUGAAGCUAAUAGUGGAUUCCCUAAAGUCAUUGGUGCUAUUGAUGGCACGCACAUCAAUAUUCCAGCUCCUAAAGAUGAUCCAGCAGCAUAUGUCAAUCGCAAAAGUCAUCACUCAAUCCAACUUCAGGCUAUUUGUGACCACACUUGCCAAUUUAUCCACUGUUAUGUUGGACAUGUGGGGUCGGUACAUGAUCAACGAGUGUUUCGUCUGUCGGAAGUACAAUCCUAUCUUGGAGAUGUGUCAAAGUUUCCACAAGAUUGUCACUUAGUUGGAGAUCUAGCCUAUAAAUUUGCUAAUACCGUAUCGAGACAAUGGCCAUAUGACACAACGUCAACGAAAUUAUAACUUUUGUCACGCUUCUGCGAGAAUUGCUAUUGA